GCCACCUCGCCGGAUGUAGUUCGGUUUGCUUACUCUGAACUGUGCCGGUCUGCUAGUGUGUGGUAGACAAUGGCUUGUGUUAGUUCGUCAGCCGACUCUAUACGUUAAAACGGUUAGUUGUCACGUGCGUUUCAACCGUGUGCAUCGUCACCACAAUAAUUUUAACAGUUUUUUUUUGGCACUUUUAAAAUAAAAAUUCUAUUUGAUCAUUGAUGUUUACACGAACUUGAAUGAAUAAAAAAUAUAUUUUUCAUGAUCGUGACGGAGUGCUUAAGUUUUUCUUAAAUAGUGUUAAAAGCCAAAUUCAUAUAAUUAGUGCGAAAUUUUCCAGAAUUAUAGGAGAUAAUGUCCAAGCCACAGCGGUGGUCGCCGCAUUCAUCCCUUAAGUGUGACGUUACUACAAAGGGAUUUUUAACAUUAGUGUACAGGAUCGCAGUAGUGUUCUGUUUAACUAUCACACAAUUUAAAAAAAUUGAGAAUGUAUCAGCCGCUCCAUCAACGACUUCAUCUUCAAGUGGAAGUAUAAAAAUAAUUAACUCUAACGUUCCUCCAGUAGUUAGAGCAUAUGAUGCAGUUUCUGGAGCAGAUUCUAUCCUGUUGGCUUGUGUUUAUACACUAAAUACGGGGGGCGAAGAGGACAGUGAUCAAGGAAAUAGCACUAGUAGACAUAGUAGACAGAUAGAAGAUUUAGAAGAAUAUCAAAUGAAACAUGGUAUUGUAGUAAGAUGGUAUUUUCGUUCUAAAUUAGUCGAUGACGACGACGAAGUCAGUGAGAAUUCAAUUUUGAUGAAAAAUGAAGUUCAAGUGUACCAAUGGAUAGCCGGACAUGAGCCAAAAGCAGGCAGUGCGCUUGGACCGUUCCGAGGACGUGUCAUCAAUGCUAGUUUACAGCCAUCUCCCGCAUCUUCAGAAUCUACGGACAAAAAUUUACUUUAUCGAAUUAUAAAGGUAACAAAACCCACGUCCGAGCUAACUGGUGAAUAUCAAUGUAUGGUGGAAGAUUGGAAUAACGAGUCAAGAUCUGAAUGGCAUCCUAUGGUUGUAUACACUCCGGAACGAGUUUUUGAAAUAGAAGUGCAUGACGGGACAGAAGAUGAUGAUGAAAACGACGAAGAAAGUUUAAAAAAUGGUACCACCUCAUCAUCACCAAAACCAAAAUCAUCUACAACAACCCAACAGCCACCAUCUCACGUAAAUGUCUCAUGUUACGCUGCUGGGAUCCAACCAGCGCCAUCAAUGACAAUUUGGGUAAAUAACAUGUUGGUUGCUGCAGAAACUCAAGUUCAGUAUGAACUUCCACCAACUACAUCUACUCCGAAAAGCACAAAACCAGUGCCUACCAAGUCCAGUUCAGUCAUCAAUAAUACUACUCCAAACAGUGGUUCGUAUUACGUUAAGGCCCAUGCAUCUCUUUCUUUGCGUGAGCCUUGGCCUUCGUCGCCAGCUUCUGCCCCUCCCGCUCCGGCUAAUAGUCGAAAACGACGACUUAAUAAUAAAUCAAUAAACCAAUUGAUCAUCGAGUGCCGACUACGCGUUCCUGGAAUGGUUAAAUCUACGUGGCCUGCAGAUCAUUAUUAUCAGGUACGGAAGUCAAAGUUAUACACACUGAUGACGCCAUUACCAGCUGACUUUUAUAAAGCUAAACAAUAUGAAGCAAGAUCUUUUGAAAGUACUGAUAUGGAAGAAAUGGAUAUCGAAAAUGAUGGUUCUACCGCUGUUACAUCAUUUUUGUCUCUUGUGAUAAUUACUGUUGUCAUUAAUUUGAAUUUGUGAAUGACUAUGAAAAUGAAGUAUAGUUCAGAUCUGAGCAACAUCGUGAUGCUUUAACAAAUUUACAAUAGUGUAAUUUCAACGCAGUCGUUAAAUCAUGAUAUCAAUUUGGAGUUAAUUUGAGCUAACAUACUUUUGCAUUUGGGUCAAUUUUUGUUAGUCAACAUUUGGGACUGUACUUUAAUGUUUUAUCCUGAAAAAUGAUACUCGCUUUGUUAUGGAUUUGGCAUAAACUAUUUAACAUAGAUUUAUAUUUAUAAGUAUAUUUAUAGAGUUUUUGAUGUUAAUAUAAUGCAAUGAACCAUAACAUAAUAUAAAACAUUGGCGAUUAAUCAAUAAUUUCAUAUACAGGCCAAAUACAUACUUCCUUCACAUUUAUCUUUACUUAAUUUACUAUUAUUUAAUAUGUUUUGAAAUUGUAAAUACUAUUCAAUACACACCCAUCUAGUCUAAUAAAGUUGUUAACCCAUUAACGAAAAUAAUUUUAACUUAAAAAAUAUCAUAGUGAUAUGUUAUAUAUUGUUAGUAACACUAUAGUGUUACAUUCUAUAAAAUAUUAUGUAAGUGUAUAUUUGUUCAUUAAUUAUGUAAAUAA